AUGGAUGGGAUCAAACUUAAAAAAAGACUAUCUGGUGCACAGAAAAAGAAACUUGCCCGAGAAAAGAAGAUGGCUGAAGGUACCUGGGUAGAAAAACCCAAACCAAAGCAGAGAGGCGAGAAAAGACAAAGCCAAAGGAUGGAACAAGAUGUAGCCCCAAAGGCUGCCAGGAAAGAAGGACCUGAAGGUAUAACCUUUAAGGAAGCUCUAACCGCAGUUAAAAUGGCUGUGAUUCUUGAAGGACAUCCUCUUGAGCGCUUAUCCGAAGAACAGGCCCUAGACCUUGAGUUCUUGAUAACUGAAAAAAUUUCUAGAAAUGAAGAGGGUUUUGUCCCCACUUUUCUUUCUUGCAGACUAGAAAAUGGGGCACUUAUCAUCAAUUGUGCAGAUCUGGGGAGCUCUAAGUGGCUGGAACAGAUUGUAGUUGAGAUAAACCCAUGGCAGGAGCAAACUCUCUUGGUAGGAGAGGCAAGGAAACUUGUCAGAACUACUAAGAUCAUUGCUAAACUGCCGAAAGUCUGUAGUAAACUGGAGUCCAAAGAGGUUCUGAGAAAGAUUGAGGCACAAAAUGGUGGGCUUACUCCAACCGAAUGGAACAUACUUCAUCGGAAGAAUGAACCAUCAGGACAGACCAUCGUCCUUAGCGUGUCUGAACUGGAUGCGACUACUCUUGGCAAAAGGGGAUAUAAAUUUUAUAUCGGACUUCACCAAGUUCAAGCCAAAGUCCUAGACAAACCUUCCAAAACUGAUAAGGGUGAAGGUUCUUCAAGCCAACAUCCACCGCAGUAG